AUGGAGAAGACAAUCUACUCUCUAAUCACGCAUUCAACAGCAUCUCAGCAAAUGACGAUGGUGGUGAUUAUCUUCAUGGUGGACAGGAACCAGACUUGGACAAAGAUAAGGAGCAAGCAAUUAUCCGGAAAAUACCCAAAAUUCAUACAGAAUGGCUUCCUACAGAUAGUUCAUCAACAUGAUCAAAGUAUUUACCCAGAUUUCACCAAGCUCAAAAGAACGUUUAACGACUCGGCCGAGAGAGUAGCAUGGCGGUCGAAACAGAACAUUGAUUACGCUUAUCUCUUCUUGUACAGUGAAAAUAUUUCAAGAUAUUAUCUCCAUCUUGAGGAUGACGUCAUAGCAGCUGGUAAUUAUUAUAAUGACAUAGUUAAUUUCAUAGGAUCAAAAUUCCAUACACCUUGGUAUUAUCUCGAGUUUUCCCAUAUAGGAUUUAUUGGGAAACUGCUACGAUCUUCUGACCUCUGUGACUUGUCAGAUUACAUGAUGAUGUUCUUUGCUGAACAGCCCUGUGACCUUCUACUUAUCGCCUUAGGGAAAAUCAAAACCCAGUCAAGGAGGAUUUUACAUCAAGAUCAGUCUUCCAACACAUUGGUGUUGUAUAAUUAUUUCUGUGGGGUCAGUCCUAAAAAGGGAAGAUACUUCCGUGUCGUCUUCGAUGCUCCUCAAAACAUCAGCCAUUUAUACAUACAUUCUGGUACUGAAGGAAAGGAGUCCGACGCACUGCAUGACGCCAAUCUGUUAGUGUCAACGUCAGGCGAACCAUGUAAACACCUAACACGUAUCACAAACUUUACAAAUGGGGUCGUGGACACCAAGAGUUCAAAUAUGUCACUUCCGGUAAAUAUAGACUGCAUUGCUAUUGAAAUCACAGCAGACCACAAUGGUUGGGUAAUCAUUAGAGAAAUCGCCAUAUUCCUUCCGGGCGAAGUUGAUACCCCGGAACCGAAAAGUACAUCGCCGUCCCAAAAACUUGUCUACAUGGUGAUUGGAAAGCAAGAACGAUCAUUUAAGCCACAUACCAGUCACGGCAAGUCAAACAACUUACUAUCAUUUCGACAUUCUAGAGAGCACACUGCUUCUAACGAUCUCGGUCAAAAUAACGUACAGAGGUAUAACGAAAGCAGAACAUGGACAUCCCCCAUGUCGUACGAAAGUGAUAACGUGAAUUCUAGUAAUUCAAGUGUCAAACAUUUUGAAAGAGAGCGAGAUGCAAAGCAAUCGUCUGACAUGAACCUCGAAGGAAUCUCUGGUCAUUAUACCGUUAAACAACAAUACGACAGCGCCCAACAAAAGGAUGGUACUCAAAUGAAAUUUAAUUCCACAGGAUUGAAUAAAUUGUCCCGGAAAAAAUUUCGCCAAGUCAAUCCCCCAGCAACAAUAUAUACACAAAUAGAAACUUACUCUGACUAUAAACCUGUAUAUGCAUAUGAUUCAUCUUCAGAUUUAUAUUUCUGGGGAGUUUAUCCGAAAAAAGACGAUUAUAUUUUGAUAUUACUGAAUUAUCCGCAAAACAUCAGUCGUAUCUUCAUCGACACCGGUUACGACGGAAAGGAAUCCGACAUCCUGCAUAACGCUAGACUUUUAGUAUCAUCUAGGGCACCUGGCGAGGAAGAAAGGAGAUGCCAUAGUCUCGAAGAUGUGGGAACUUUUCAAAACGGUGAUAUCGACACCAAAAUUCCUAACACUUACACAAAUAUAGACUGUUUUGUGAUUGAAAUAACGGCUAAUCAAAGAAACUGGGUCAUCAUCCGAGAGAUUGCUGUAUUCAUGUCGGGAGAAUCGGAGACAACACCACUGGAUAAUGACGUCAAAUUUACACACACACGAAAUGAAAGUAAUGUAAACAAUGAAGAACAGAUUCUCGAAAGAGGUGAAACUUCAGAUCUACAUUCGAAGCUGUCGAAUGGACCAGGUAAGGACAAUGGUCUAGCUUUAUUGUUGCCACAGCAGCGGAAUUCAACACGAAUUAUCAACAGGAGUUCUUUACAUCCUCAUCAACCAAAAGAAGGUUUCCUACCGGACCUACUUCCAAAUCGUCAACAAACUCAAAAAAUCAAUAUACAAGAUUGGAAUAUUACAGGAAAUGUUUGAUCACAUA